AUGGUCGAUUUUGCGCCAUUUGAAGGAACCGAAAUCCCAACCGAGGUCACGAUCCCCGAGAAAACAUUUCUGGACGGCCCAGAGCACGAGGAGAUCAAGGAAUGGAAUUUGAUAACGGACCGAAGGGGGUGCUUUGAGGCUAACCUGGAGCAUAAUGGCGAGGAGAAGCCGAUGGACAUUAUUACAGGUUAUCCAAUCCUGAAUUCGAUCGUUGAUGUUGGGAAUAAUGUAUAUGCCGACAAGGAGGAGCUGAAUCGUUAUAUGAUAGCGUUGCGCAAAAAUCCGACGGAUCAACUUCAGGAUGUUUCGAAUUUUAUUUCAAAACUGGCUAAGAGUUCGUUGGGUCUGCAACUA